GUUUCCGAGAUUGACGUUUCCACGCAUUGACCAACCAGUAUCUUGACAAUAUAGCAACCUUUAGUCAAUAUGGGUGGCCUUAAUCUCGAAGUCUUCAAGUUCGGUACCUACCUACUUUUCCCCAUCGGGAUCAUGUACUAUUUCGGAACGAACCUGGAUAACCGCUUCACUGUGAACGACUUUUGGCCGAAGCCUGAGGAAUGCAACAAGCUACCACAGGAUAGGGAGGAAGUCAAGGCGGAGUACGAGAGAAUUGUGGCGCGACAGAAGUUGCGACAGGCUCUUUUGGAGGAGAAGCAGCGACAGCAGGCCCAGCAGGCUCAGAGGAACGAGAGCAGCUCUUAAUGGUGCUUCAAUAUGCCAUUAUAUUCAACGAUGAGGAAUCUUGCGAUCAAAUGAGGGGAGAAUGGACUGUAUUAUAUCAAAUUUGUGUGGAUGGGCGCUAUUGGCGACAACGGGACAAAAUGCAUGAUUGGCGUUCAGGCUGAAGAAAAAGGGGAUUGGUAUAGGAAAAAUUCAACUCUAAUAGCUCGGGGUGAUUUUUGUACAGUAUACGGCUUGUGUUUAUGAUGCGGUUUAUAUAUCAAUAUGCCUCUCCAACUUGUCCCAUUCGUCGUCUGUGAUGGUGCCUUGGCGAAUG